ACAAACAUGGGCGUUUCUUUUGUCAGUGACUGUAGUCGCUGCUUUUGUCGUCUGCAAAGUGUCAAAUACUUUGCGCACAACGAAAAUGCUUAAAGACAGUGAUACAUUUUAGUUGUUUGAAAAUUUUAAAAGAUUUUUCAUGUUUCUUACUGUUGUCAAAUGAUUUCAAGUGAACACACGAUAUAUAUACAUACAUGUACCUAUUUAAAAAAAUUGCAAUUUUACUCGGUGAUGGGUAUGAUUCAGUACCGAAGGGCAUCUUUCCGAGGUAUUACGACUUCGUUGAAACGAUUGAUCUAAAAAAUGAACAUGAUGAAGUACACACCCUCUACAAAAGUAUAAACUAGAAUCUCAUCUGUAGAACUUCUUUGAAUUCUGCUUAAAUCGACGCUAAAAUGUUCAUGUCAAACGGGAAGGUUAUGCUUCGUCAUGAAAUGAAAAUCACUAUCCUGGUGUUUUAAACGAUAUAAUUAUUUAACUGCACAAAGGAAAGAGAUACAGUUAAGAAUUGCGUAUGAGAAUAUGUUAUAAUUUAAAAUGUAUGUUGUAUGAGAAAAAGUGGAUUGACUUAUUUGAUAUUAGAAUCAGCUGAUUCCUACUACGUUGACAAGGGAUCGCUGUAUACGAACGAUAUUAAACUAGUACAACAGAUUAAUGAUUCGAUAUCAAAGGCAGUGAUAUGUGAAAAAUAUAUAUUUAUAAUCAUAUUUUUGAACAUAUAUUGUUUAUUGUUCUGAAAAUACAAAAAGUAAAGAAAAUGUCAGGAAACAAUUCAACUGCAGUAAACACACCUAGAGGUGGGAAUCUACAAAAUCGUAAUUCUCAAAGAUCUACACUUCUAAAAGUGGUGAUUCUUGGUGAUGGUGGAGUUGGAAAGUCUUGUCUUAUGAACAGAUUUGUAUCAAAUCACUUUGAUGAACAUAGUUUUCAUACCAUUGGUGUAGAGUUCUUAAAUAAGGAUAUUGAAAUUAAUGGAGAAGCGUAUACCCUUCAAAUAUGGGAUACAGCUGGACAAGAAAGAUUUAAAACCCUUAGAACUCCAUUCUAUAGGGGAUCUGAUAUUUGUCUCUUGACCUAUGCAGUUGAUGAUAGAACAAGUUUUAAAAAUUUAGCACUUUGGAGGUCAGAAUUUCUUUAUUAUGCAGAUGUUCAGGAAGGAUCAACAUUUCCAUUCAUAGUUGUUGGAAACAAAGUGGAUGUUCCAGAGUCUGAGAAACAAGUUUCUACUGAAGAAGCUGAAGCUUGGUGUGCAGAAAAUGGAGAUCCUCCAUUAGUAGAAACAUCUGCAAAAGAUGCAACUAAUGUUGAAGCAGCAUUUGGGGCAGCUGUUGCUGCUUGGGCACAGCUUGAAGCUAGACUUGAGCGGCCAUUAGUAGAAGAUACUGUUGAUCUUUCUAAACAACAGUCUCCUCAUCGUUCAAGUUGUUGUAUGCCUGUGUCUGGUGCUGAGUAGGUGAUAGAUAUAAGAUUUUAAAUAUUUUUUAUGUUUUCAUAACAUAAUGCAUGAAUCAUAUUUCUCAAAACCCACAAUUAUGAAAUCUGAAGGAAAUGAGCGGUAAAAAGAGAAGCAUAACAAAUAAUUUUUGUGAUGGAAGCUGGUAUUCUUGGAACGAGCAGAUAGAAUAUGUUUAUACAGGAUUGCCUCGUAAUAAGCAACACGCUCGGGUCUGGCCAGUUGCUUAUUACGGAUCAGGUAUGCUAUUCGGCUCGACUUUGUUCUCGAAACGGGCCGAUAGAGAACACGAGAAACGAGCGAGAAAUCCGAGGUAGCGGCAAAUCAUAAAGUGAUCGGCCGAGCAAGGAUGUUAUUUUUUGAACAAGGAUAGAAUAUAGCAUGCCCUCUCAUUCUCGCACUAUUUCGCUUAUUUCAAGGCAAAUAUGCUAGACUGAGAAAGCAUUAUAUAUAUUCCAUACUUCUACUAACCGAUGUCACUGCUCAGUCGAGCGUGACAAUUUAUUACCCAAAACAUCGGCUUCUCGCUUUCACGGACCUCUCACUUUGCGGGCGACAUUAAACGAAAAGGUGGGAAUAGAAAUUUGCUUAUUUCAAGCCGGAAAACUGUUGCUUAUUACGGAUCAAUACUGUACCUGAAAAGAGUACAUUGCGUUGCAAACUGUAUGAAUUCUUAAAAGUGAUGAUCACUGUAUUUAGGACAUAUAAGGACAUUAUAUUAUAGAAAUAUAAGAACUUUAUUCCUUUUUCUUUGACCUA